GUCUCAAUUCACCGUCAAAUCAUCUGGACUAUCGAAGUCUGGUACCGUGCGAAUGCCCUGAUGGAACUGGCUUGGUUCUGACGAGGCGAAAUCUGCACACCCUCGCUGUUUGAGGUCACCGAAAGCACGUACCGACUCCUCUUACCUUACCCCUGAGGACGGCAAGAGGCUUGAGCUGCAGCGAAAUGAUCUUCUUGCAACGUGCUGUCUGGAGAACGGCAUUUCCAAUAUCUCGGUCUUCCCAAGUGUAUCGAAGGCCACCGCAAAUUAAGUCUCUGGUCCGGCGAGUUCGCUGCAGUAGCACCAGGGGGAGCACUCCCAAGAACACUCCAGCUUCCUCUAAAAUUGCCCUCAAGAAGACCUCGUAUCCUGAACGAUUACUUGUCUAUCAUGCCGGAACUGGCCGAACCGUCUUCCUGGGAUGUAUGAAAGUCACAACGAUUUUCAUCUUCUCAUUCUUCACCCUGGUCGUAGCACCCUCUCACUUCUAUGCUGAAGCAGAGCCACCAUGGGUUGCCAUCGGAGUCCUGCUGUCUGGCAUCAUUCCAAUGGUCUUCGUGGCAUAUAUCACUGGCCCCUUCGUAACAUAUAUCCACCUCCGACUGCCAGCAUACGCUCGGCACUCACGAGAGAUGCUGAUGCGAUAUACCAAGAGUCUCCCAAACGACGCCUUGCUGGACAUCACAACCAUGAACUUCAUCGGCAAACCACGAGUCACUCGUGUCAAAGUCGCAGACCUGUAUCCCAUAAAGGAGCGUUUCGGGAUGGCAAACUAUGCACGAGACACAGAUCUCAUCAACUCGAACAUACCAUGGUAUUUCCCGAAGGCCGUUAGGCAAUUCGGGGUUCACAGCAACACAAGCAAGAUCAUGGGAGGAGACGUAUGGCACAAUAUCGCGAACAGAAUUUCAAAGAAAUAAAUCAAAUUACAAUCUGAGGAUCUC